UUGAACGGGCGGGGCGGCGAGGAGGCGGGUCAGUGUUGCUGCGGCUGUCGGUCGGGGAGUAUGUACAGCUCUCGGCUUCUCCCCCUGCCAUUCCCGCGUGGAAAUUUGGAUUACUACCUAUAGUCCGUUCAAAUCAGGCCGUUUUUGGAACAUCUAGUUUGUUGAAGACUUUGCGAGCAGCUAUCGAACAAGAGCAGAGUUAGAGAUAGAGAUACCAGUUAAGAGCUGCUGUGUUACAUAACAGAGGCCGCAGUGAGUGUGACGAGAGCUGCUGUGUCACACAAGAGGCCACAGCGUGACCAGGAACUGCCGUGUUACACAACAGAGACCGCAGUGAGUGUGACGGUCAGAGUGACAAACAAUGCUGUGUUCGAAGUCACUUGUGAGAAGGAAAGAGUUUCUGUGAUCUCCGCAACACGGGUGAGAAAUGUCACUCAUUACCUCAUGACAUGCGUAUGUGAAUGAUAACAAAAUUAUACUCAUUGUGUGAGGACCGGGCGCUUAGGAAACACCCUAAAACAAGGCGCUAGUGUUACUACUCCCAAGAAUGAAUUGCCGAAGAAAAUGAUAUUGUGCAUUAACUUUCAGUGCACACUUAACUAUUGUGCAACUAUUAUUUCAGUCCACAAUUAACUAUUGUGCACUUGGGCUUAACUUUCACAAGGCUAAGUUAAACACAUGAAAUAAUUCCCCAAAUCGCAAGUAUUAAUGGUCUAUUUGGCUGUGUGUUGGUUGGACUUGAGGUGCUGGAAUUAUUGCCUUGUGAGGCAAUAAUUAAUAAUGAUAAUGGGUGAUAAUGGUGACAGAGAGUAAGGUAAUAGUUAUGGAUGCUCUUAUUCCUACACCAGCGGGACACAGCGGUAAAGUGACUAAGUGUACAGACUCAAACAACAAUAGUGGACGCAGAAGCCCGUCGAGGGCACAGGAGAAGUACAGUCUAAGGCCUCGGUCAGUGGUCAGAAGACUCCAGUUAGGCAGUAGUCGAGAUGGCUUACCUCAGCGGAGCGCAAGGUCUUCCAAGUCGAAGCCUCCGCCGCUGUCGAAGUACCGCAGGAAGACCGCCAACGCCCGGGAGAGACAUCGCAUGAAAGAGAUUAAUGACGCCUUUGAGACUCUUCGAGGCAUCCUGCCGGAAAUCUGCAGCGGUCGUACGGCGGCAGCGAUGACCAAGAUCACGACACUGAGGCUAGCAGUGAGCUACAUCAGGACUCUCUCGCGUAUCCUGCAGGACGGACAUCCAGGAGACAUCUUCGAUGACCUACAUAUCCAUGACGUGACGUUGAAUGACUCCCAGCUGACGUCAAUAUCCGGGGUGGACAUCACCCAACUCUACAGGCCUGAGACGAGUCACAUCACCUCACAUCUUCCUCCUUCAAGAGGUCAAGAAGUCCUGACCUCUUUCACCUUCUCGCCCGUCAGCCGUUCCUUCAGCACCGACAGCGACCUCAGCGACAUUCUCUCCGACGACUCUUGCUGUGUUUUCGAGGACAACCUCCACGCCUUCGACGACAUCCCAGCGCUGCCCGAGGCCGACCCCUUCGCUCUCAUCCUGGCUGCUGAAGGGGAGGCCAUGCUGAUGGGGUCGUAGCCGAAGUACACAACGAGUCGUGUGGCCACCCCACACCUUCCCUCCACACCUGUCAGGACCAGCUGUUAGGAUCCAGCCGUUAACAGUUAUCGAUGCUUCCUC